GUCGGAGGGCACGUGACGCGGGUGUCAUGGCGACUUCCAUGCUUGGUCCUGUCCGCGGCCCAAGGCCGUUCGGCUUGGCUGGCCUGUUCCGUCGCCGGCCGCCUCGGGAUGUGUGGGGACGUGUGCGGCGGCUCCCGGAGCCCUCGGCAGUCCGGCGCAGCGUGGCGGCGGCCAGCGGGCCCGGCAUCCCGGGGUCCGACCACUACUGCCUGGAGCUGCUGAGGAAGCGGGAUUAUGAAGGUUACCUGUGCUCCCUGCUGUUACCCGCAGAAGGCCGAAGCUCUGUUUCUGCACUGAGGGCCUUCAAUGUGGAGCUGGCUCAGGUGAAGGACUCAGUCUCCGAGAAAACAACUGGACUGAUGCGAAUGCAGUUCUGGAAAAAAGCUGUGGAAGACAUGUACUGUGACAACCCACCACAUCAGCCUGUGGCCGUUGAACUCUGGAAGGCUGUCAAGAGACAUAAUCUAACAAAAAGAUGGCUUAUGAGAAUCAUUGAUGAAAGAGAAAGAAAUCUGGAUGACAUAGCCUAUCGCAGUAUCCAGGAGCUUGAGGACUACGCCGAAGGCACGCAGAGCUCUCUGCUGUACUUGACGCUGGAGGUGCUGGGUGUGAAGGAUCUUCAUGCAGACCAUGCUGCGAGCCACAUUGGAAAGGCACAAGGCAUUGUCACGUGCUUGAGAGCAGCACCCUAUCAUGGUAGCAGGAGAAAAGUGUUCCUGCCCAUGGAUGUCUGUGUGCAGCAUGGUGUUUCACAAGAAGACUUUCUACGGAGGAAACAAGAUAAAAAUGUGCGAGAUGUAAUAUAUGACAUUGCCAGCCAGGCACACUUGCACCUAAAGCAUGCGAGGUCCUUGCACAGAAGCGUUCCUGCGGAAGCAUUUCCUGCUUUUCUUCAGACGGUUACUCUAGAGGACUAUUUAAAGAAGAUCCAGCGAGUGGAUUUUGAUAUAUUCCAUCCGUCUUUACAAAAGAAGAAUACGUUACUUCCGUUAUCUUUAUAUAUUCAAUCAUGGAGAAAAAGAUACUAAAAUCAUUAUCAUUACUGAUUUACUUUUAGUUUAUUGGUUUAAAACAAUGUGUGCUUUGA